CGAUCGAUCAAACUAUCAACAUAUGGAAUUCUGUUUAUGGGGACUCCUCAUCAGGGCGGCAAUGGCGUGAAGCUGGGGCGAAUUCUCGCUAAUGUGGCGUCCCUUGUCAUGGCGGCUGACGACCGGCUUCUGAAGCACCUUGAGCGGGACUCGGAGUGGUUGCAGCAGCAGCUGGGACAAUACGCACCGAUCAGCAACGACUUUGUGACGAAGUUUGGGUACGAGGAGUAUGAGACUCCUACCGUGUUGGGACAUAGUAUCAUGGUGGUUCCAAAGGCAUCGGCGGUCGUUCCAGGAAACGCAGACGCCGAGCCGAUCGUCAUCCACGCAAACCAC